UAGUAGAGAGACGUGUUGCCGUACAUUUCGAGGGGACAUAAGCAUUCAAAAUAGCCCUUUAUAUGAACAUGGGAUUACUAGACAUGUUUGUAAUCAUGUCUUUCCUUUCACUUUUCCUAUACACCCGAGCAGAAGAAGGCUUCUAUGUGUAUCCAACUAUUCUGCAAGAGAGAACAAAUAGCAAAAACUUGGUUCUACGCCUCAACAGCAAUCUCACUCUGAACCUUGAAAAAAGCUCGGUGCUGGCUGAUAACCUACUGCUUGUUACGAGCAGUCACGAGGGACAAGUGUUGGACACGGUUGACACCUCAGCAAUUCAAGAGGUUCUGUACCAGGACGUGCAUCAUCAAUCCUCUCUUGUCUUACGCCAGAGGGAAGGCGUUGUGGAAGUCGAAGGUAUUAUCAACCACGAACUGAGAAUAAAGCCUCUACCCCAAGACGAACGUUCGUUACAUGAUAAAAUACUGCACAAGAUCUACAAAGUACAAGAGAUACACGGCACCUAUAUAGACAAGGAGCCGAUGCUCUCACAAGUUUACCAACGCUCACACGGGCUCAACCAACGCAACAGAAGAGACGGAAGAAAUCAGAACGGCCAUCAUUCCACGAAAAAUAAAGAAGAGGAGCGAUCAACGAACCUGGAAAAAUUUACUGCGGAGAUUCACGUUAUUUCUGACUCGGUGCAUCAAAAAGUUUUUAAGAAUAAUGAGGAGUUAAUUGCUUAUCUGGCCGUCAUGACAAACGCAGUGAACCUAAGAUACCUGGACAUGAAAAAUCCGCGGGUAAGCUACAUCCUCGUUGGAAUUACACGCAGCAAAGACGAUCCUUUCAUCAGACAUAAGCAGGGAUACCUUCUUGCGGCAGGUACAUUAGCCGCGCUGAAAGAAUAUAACAAGGCAGGCAAGGUACCUGGAAAUCCUGACAUGAUCUAUCUUGUAACCGGCCAAGAUCUUGCAAGGGUUAAAGAUGGAAAAAUGGACCCAGCAGUAACAGGACUCGCAGCUCUGGGCGCUGUUUGCACACAGUAUGCUGCGGGCGAAGGAGAAGACACUGCAAGGACAUACAGCGGAACCCACACGAUGGCUCAUGAACUGGCACACAUAAUUGGAGCACCACAUGACGACGGGAGGUACAACGAUCCAGAAUGCGCGUGGUCCCAGGGAUACCUGAUGAGCUACGUGGACGGCGGAGUGAAAAGAUAUCGACUUUCUCGGUGCAGUGAGGACCAGAUACGGGCCCAUGUCAAGAAGCUAGGACCCGAAUGUAUAGAGGUCAAGGCGAGCCAAAACUACCAGAAAGACCACAGGAAGUUCCCUGGACAAACAAUGCGCGACCAGUUCUAUUGCAGGACAAUCUUGAAACACACCAAAGGAAGCCGAAACAGGGUGGUAGUGAAAAAGGAUCCACAGCUUAGCAAGAUAUGCAAAAUGGAUUGUUGCAGUAUGGUUCAUGGCUAUACCAACUGCCGUAGAGUAAAUGUGCCUGCUGGCAUGGCAUGUGAUCGAGGAGGAAAGACGUGCAAAAGAGGUGUCUGCGGAUUCCACACUUGGGAACAGUUCAAGUGAAUUUACGUCUUCCUAAUGUAACCAUGGGCUAGCACAAAUUAAGUAAAAUUCUCUCAAGGAAUAAAACUCUUGCAACAAA